AUGAAAGGAUUUCUAAAGCAUUGUUCAUAUGAUGAUCUUACUCGACACUAUCAACUGCAGAUUGCUCUACAUCUUGCAGCUUUCCACGGCUUUUUAGAAUUAGGACAUUCUGCCUUGCGAUUGGGUGCACGAAGCGAUCGUCCAGUUGGUGAACAUCCAUGUAGACAAUGGUCGAGUGAAACAACGAUACAAGAUAUGCCUGAGAUGCUUAAAUGUCCCAUUCAUGUAGCCAUUGAACGAGGACAUAUGAAAAUGGUCGAUCUUUUUGUACGACAAUCAGUUUUGUGUACUCAAGUUCCGCAUCCAAUAUCUGGACUGUUACCCUAUCGUAUGGCAUUAUCAUUGUCUAUGUCAUUGAAGACAAAAGUGGAAAAACAACGUUACAGUAAAAUCUAUUUUUAUCUCCAUGAUAAACAAUUCAAUUUCAAAAUUCCAUUGAAUGCUAGUGGUGGUCAUAGUUCCAGUUUAUUAACAUCGACUUCGAGCAUCAAGUCAUUGUAUCAAUCAUCAUCACAUCAAGUCUUUUUUUCUCUGCCACGUUACUAUAAAAUAAUCAGAUGGUAUGAACGAGCGCAAGAACGUGUUUGGAAAAAAUACGGUGUUCACAUCCACAAUUCAAUUGAAAUCAAACGAUCCUUUCAAAGUAAAGGUUUAUUAGGUUAUAAAGUAAUGAUCGAUGGUUUCAAUAAUACUUUCGACGCCUCAAAUGAACCGAUUUGUUCUGUGACUUCCAGUAGAAAAUCAAAAUUAGAUCAAACUGACCGAUAUAGCGAUUACAUCGAUGAAGAAAAUGAGAAGAUACAUAAAAUGAAGGCAUACAUGGAAGGAUUCGGUGCUGUGGAACGACAACGAACUAAACCACCAGCAGUCAACAACCUUCGAAAACUACGACAUAUCCCAUUUUUAUCUCAAUACAGCUUGUUGGAUGCAAAAUUACAACCGAUUGAUCUUACUUCUAUAAACUCUGCAGUAUUUUUGGAAGGCAUUAUGUCACCGUCAGAGAUCUCUAAUAGUCAAGGUCCUUCGAGUUUUAUUGGCCUAGAUCAUCAAUGUUCGAAGUUCAUCUUUGAUAUGGAAAAAUCCUUGAAUAUUUCUAGGACACAAUUGAACGCAGCCAAUCCAGCAACAUUCGAACCAAAUAAAGGUAAGUUCUAUUAG